UUUCUUUUUCUUUCCGAAGAAACAUUUAAAAAAAUCAAAUUUGACCGUUAACAUCCACCUCCUCAGAACAAAAGGCGCCUCCCCUGUUUCUGUUCCUACUGCUUCAAAGUUUUUCUGUGUACAAGGAGAGAAAGAGAGAGUCAGACAACAAUGGCCGCUGCUGAUUACGGAUUCACAGAAGAUGAACUGGUGAUCGACGAGAGCGUUGGGUACCCAAAAGCCUACGCAAAGCUCUGCCGCGAUCGAAGUGUUUGUCCUUACAACCAUGGCCCUCCUUUCACUUUCACCCCUUACGCUUUGCAACAAUACGAGGCCUUCAGAGCAGGUGAUUUAGAUAAGAUGUUCCCCAUCCUAGACCCAAAAGCAAAACCCACCGCCAAGCCUAAGAUGUUUGUCAGUCUCAUGUGGAAGCAGCUCAACCACCUAGGAAACGCAGGCUUUGAUCCCGCCGUAAUUCGAGUAGAUCCAUAUGGAAAUGUUCUGUACUAUCAUGCUGAUUCUGCUUCUCCUCUUGCUUGGGAUAUAGAUCAUUGGUUUCCUUGCUCAAGGGGAGGACUGACUGUUCCAAGCAAUUUGAGGAUAUUGCAAUGGCAAGUCUGCAAGAAGAAGCAUAAUAAGCUAGAAUUUCUCAUUCCCUGGUGGGAAUUUCAGCUGGGUAUCUCUGUAAACCAGUUCUUAUCUAUCUUUGCUUCUUCAAACUCGGAUUUCAGGCACAGGGCAUUCUCAUUUUUUUUUCCUGAAGGUGAAAAUGAGGAAUUGAAUUCAUCACAGACUGUGGACUCGCAUUCUUUCCUUCAACAUUUUGUCGAAUCAAAAGAACAACUCGGCCUUGCUCCGGCUGCCAUUGUUGCAACUCGGAGGGAGUCUUAUGGUUCUUCAUCUGUGUUGAGAUCUCUGGAUUAUAAUAGGCAUCCAAGGUCACGAUCUCCUAUAAUAGCUGCAAGAAAAGUAAAGCCUAGUAGUUUGAAAGAAAAUGAAAAUCCAGAUUUUCUUGCAAACCCUUAUCAGGCCAUUGUCGUGGCCAGAGAUUCCCUGAAACAAAGAGAAGAAGCUGCAAAGAUGCACGCUGACAUUCAGAAUCUAGAUGAUGAAGUGAAUGAAAUAAGCCAAAAGAAUGAAGAAGAAAAGGUCAACAUUCAGGACUUGGAACUGCAACUGAUAAAGCGUAGAAGAAGAGCAGAAAAGUGCAGGAGGCUUGCUGAGGCACAAUCAUCUUAUAGAACUAUGCUUGAAAAGAUGAUAAGAGAUGCUAUGCACCAGAGUGUGAUAUAUAAAGAGCAGGUGAGACUGAACCAGGCUGCAACUAAUGCGCUCAUGGCAAGGCUUGAAGCACAAAAAGCUAUCUGUGACACUUCUGAAAAAGAGCUCCAUAAGAAAUAUAAUUUAAGAGAUGAGCUUGAGAAACAAAUAAGGCCUGAAUGGGAAGUAAGGAAGAGAUCAAGAAUAGGUGAUACUUUAGUUGAAGAGAGAGACCAUAAAUCUCUUCUUUAUUUGCCAGGAAUCAAACCAAAGACACCUUUACACAAGGAACUGAGAGCGUUUCUAGAGGAAGAGCAGAAAGCAUCUGAAGCUGGCUUAUCUCUGAGUGAAGAAGAAAAGCAAGCUGAAGCAGAUAAUGAACUGAAUAAAUGUGCAAAAGACUUAGCCCUAGUUAACUAUGGGGAGCAUGAGAGGUCCAUCAAUGAGUUGGAGGGUGCGAAUUUAAUUGAGCAUAAGCUUGGAACACUGGAAAUAGGAGACAAGGGGAAACAUAGAACUCAAUUUCCAGUGUCCCAAGAACCAGAAAUCGAGGAAGACGAAGAGAGCAGGAAACAGCGUGGUAAAGGGAAUGUAGAGAAGUGGCUCCAAAUGCUGUUAGAGACUACCACUACCCAGGAAGAGUUGGAAUCUCCAAAUGACAUUGAAAAUGAAACAAACAGGAGCGAUGAUAUGAUCAGAAAACUAAAUAUCAAGUACCCACAGAAGGAGGUCAGGAAUUCGAAGUUUGUGGAAUCUGAAGAUAAAGAGGGCAUGAUGAAGCAUAUUUUUGAGAAGCAACAGCAAACUAUCCGAUACGAAAAUGGUGGGACUGAAGCUGGUAAACCACAACCAGAAAGGAUCAACAUCCAUGAAGGGACUUAUGAUGGGGUUGAAAGCGGUAAGAGUUUUGAAGGGAGGGAAAGAAGCAACCAGAAUGGAAAGGAAAGGAAGCUUGUGAGGUCUGAGAGUGCCAGGGCAUUCCAUCGAAUCCCAUCUUCUCCGUCUUUGAUCUUGGGUAUGAAAAAGGGUGUUGACUGCAUAAGAAAGAAGCCCAUGGUAUAUGGUGAUGAUGAGGUUGAUGAGGAAUAUGUCGCUGGGAAUAGCUUCAUUAAAUCGUCCAGGAAGACAAUCAAGAAAGCAUUGAAAAUAUGAAAGCUCAGCUCAUUGUGAAAAUAUGGCAAUAGGGAAUAUCUUUGCAUUUGAAUUUUCUUUUUCUUUUUUUCUUUUUUUUUAUUUAAUUUGUGUAUAAGAUUGGUUGUGCCAGAGUUGUAAUAACGGCUUGUUGUCAUUUUAAUUCUCCUAUCCAAGAUAUGUAUA